CCUUUGCAUACCUCUCCUCCCCAUCCCAACUCAAUCUCCUCGUCAGCCAUGGCGGUCUCCUGCAAGACCUUCCUCACUCUCCUCCUCCUCUCUCUGCUGGCUUCCGCUGCGCACGGCCAGCUGUCGACGAGGUUCUACGACCGCACCUGCCCGAAGCUACGAGGAAUCGUGCGCAGUGUCAUGGCGCAGGCCGUGUUCCGGGACAGGCGAAUGGGCGCCUCCAUCCUUCGACUAUUCUUCCACGACUGCUUCGUCAACGGUUGCGAUGCGUCCGUCCUUCUCGACGACACGCGGACCUUCACCGGCGAGAAGAACUCCAACGGCAACAAGAACUCCCUGAGAGGCUUCGAGGUCAUUGAUGCCAUCAAGGCACGCGUGGAAGCUGCCUGCAACGCGACUGUGUCGUGCGCCGACAUCUUAGCCCUCGCAGCUCGUGAUGGAGUGGUUUUGCUCGGAGGACCAACAUGGUUGGUGCCGCUGGGCCGCAGGGACGCGAGGACGGCGAGCAUAUUCGCGGCAAACGCCAACCUUCCGUUGGCCUCGUCGAGCCUCUCCGACCUCAUCUCUCUCUUCGCCAGGAAAGGCCUCGACGCCCGAGACCUGACCGCUCUCUCCGGCGCGCACACCGUCGGCCAAGCCCGGUGCGUCAACUUCCGCCCGCGCAUCUACGGUGACCGGAACAUCGACCCCGGCUUCGCGGCUCUCCGCAAGCGGACCUGCCCGGCCUUCGGCGGCGACGGCAACUUGGCGCCGCUGGACCUGCAGACCCCAGUUUGGUUCGACAAUAGGUACUACCAGAACCUGGUGGCUCGCCGGGGACUGCUGCACUCCGACCAGGAGCUCUUCAACGGCGGCUCGCAGGACUCGUUGGUGAGGUUGUACAGCUCGAGCACGUCAGCUUUCUUCAACGACUUCGUGGCGGCCAUGGUGAAGAUGGGGAACAUAAGCCCUCUCACAGGGUGGCCAGGGGAGAUAAGAUUGAACUGUAGGAAGGUGAACUAAGGGCAGAUGAUUGAUUGCCACGUCUCGAUUCCAAAAAAUAAAUUAUAUGUAUGACUGUGUGAAGUGUAAUAAUCUUUUAUUAUUGUGUUGACAUGAUUCGAAUUGUUACCCCCAAUGAUUGUAUCCGUUGUUAAUUUACGUGAAAUAAAAAAAUAAUAAUUGCUUUAUGU